GUGUGUGAGUGAGUGGCGUCAUUACUGCUUGGUCUCAUUCCACCCCAGAUGGUGCUCUGCUUGGUCAUGGACUCCAGGGAGGAUGGAGAUGCCUGGAUGGAGGAGCAGUGGGAGAAAUGGCUAACACAUGACAUGAGUCUGGAUGAGUAUGAAGAUGACGACCUGUCAGAGGUGACGGAGAUCACAGAUGAGAACGACGGCCUUCUGGGACACAGUGACUGUGAUCUUCAGGAACACAUGAUCCGGCCGACCAAUGGGAGCCGGGACUUGGGCCGGAGGAGGGGGGCUGUGGAGCUGCAGAAAGAGAUGCUUCAGCUGGACCUGAUAGACGCUGAGGGAGGCAACCAGGAAGAAGGAGGAGAAGAAGAGGAGGAGGAGGAGGAGGUGGAGGAGAGGCCUCUGCUGCUCAUCGAUGAUCACCGAGAGGAAGAGCGAUCGGUGAUCGCUGCCAUGGAUACAUACCGGCCCAAGAGACCCACCACCCUUAAUCUGUUUCCGCAGGUGCCAAGGACUCAGGACACCAUAAAUAAUAACUCUUUCGGUGAAAAAGAUCGAAGGAAAGAGAAGAAGACCCAUUCAUCCUCACCUCACAUAAAAGGGGCCCAGCCUUCCACUGCUGAACAUGUUACCCCAACCGACAAGGACAAGGUCCAAGCAAGCAGCCGGUUGGAUGCUAAGCCACGCAUAGCUGCUUCCGUGACACAAAAGGCGCCAGUGUCUAACUGCAAGAAGCAGGACAAACCCUCUGACAGUGUGGGCAACAACAUCUGUACAGUCCCGGUGUCCAACAACGCAGCCAUGAAGGACACGACCAGGGACGGGAAUUUGACUGGGACUAUCAGCAAGGAGAAAGCCCACUAUAACUCCAUGAACGGCUGCCGGGAAAAUGUUCAAUACCCUGAAGAAAAUGUGUAUACACACCACCACUCGGAUAAAAACAAGGACAGGAAUAAGGACAAAGGGCAGGACAUUCAGUUGACGCCGGUGGGUGCUGAGCAGGAGAGACCUUUCCUUUCCCAGAGCAGUGACAGCAACCGCAUGUCCAUCAGCUCCGAUACUGAACUCCCUCCUUUGCAUUUCCAUUCUCUCCCCGAACGUACCAACCCAUCCAUCAGCGAAGAGGAUGAAGUGUACCCUCCAACACCUCCGUGCAGGACUGAUAGCCUCAGCGAGGCAACGGACUCUGUUUUAAAGCCAAAAACAGAUGGCACAACAGCUGUGAACACAGCAGUCAGCACGGACGCCUCGGGACUAACGUACGAUUCUGUGAAAUAUACCCUGGUGGUCGACGAGCACUCUAAGUUGGAGCUGGUUAGUCUAAAGCAAUGUUACCAAGGCUAUGACAGCGACAGCGACAACACAGUCUACGAGUCGGCCGUCGAAGAGGAUGAGGAGGAUCAUGAUGUGGACGAGGACGAGGAAGAGUCAGGCGCUGGAGGAAUGAACAGGGACACUUCCGGUCUGUCCACAGACUCUGCCACUGACACGUCAGACAUGCCCCGCUCACGCAAAUUUCUCAACGUCUUCAUAAACAGACGGCCGCGCUUUCCUGGAGUGGAAUCCUUUGGUCUUUUCUCCUGCAUAAUCGAUGGUGAGGAGAGAGAGCAGAGCCACAGGGCAGUGUUCAGGUUCAUCCCGAGGCACGAGGAUGAGCUGGAGAUGGAAGCAGACGACCCGUUGUUGAUGGAAAUGCAGGCAGAAGAUCUGUGGUGUGAAGCAUACAACAUGCGCACCGGCUCCAAAGGCAUUUUCCCCGCUUUCUACGCAGUUAAAGUCACCAAGGACAACCAGCCGAAAGAGGUAAAAAGCGAUUGGUUAGACACAUUCUGGGUGAAAUUCCUGGGCUCUGUUCAAGUGCCAUAUCAUAAAGGGAACGACGUGCUUUGUGCAGCUAUGCAGAAGAUUGCCUCAAACCGAAGAACAAUGCAGUUUAACCCUCCCUCCAUGUGCAUCGUGGAGAUCAAUAUAAGAGGAGUAAAGAUCAUCGUUCAGGACGAGUGUGAGGUUUCGGGGAGUGGUGACAAGUACUGUCACUUCUUUCAGCUGAAGAACAUCUCUUUCUGUGGAUGCCAUCCAAAGAACAAAAAGUAUUUUGGACUCAUCACCAAACACCCAGCACACCAGAGGUUUGCCUGCCAUGUGUUCUUCUCAGAGGAGCACGCCAAAUAUCUAGCUGAAUCUGUCGGCAAAGCGUUUCAGCAGUUCUACAAAGAACACAUGGAGUACUCCUGUCCCACAGAAGACAUCUUCCUCGAAUGACCUUUGCCCUGUCGUAUACUUUGGACUGCUCCAUAUCCUAAUAUCCAAGGUUUUGCAUGAUGGGUCACGAAAAUCUCCUUAACAUGCCAUGCUACGAUGUUGAUGUCUAUUUCAGACAAUGCGUACAAAUCAAAAAGACACAACGUGUGCUUUUAGCUAAUGCAUCCUUUGAAUAGCAAAAGAAAUUUUUAAAAAAUGCCCUUACCAACACUUCCAAUACACUCUUAAAUGAUGUAGUGAUUUAGAGCCAGAUGUAUUCAGAAACUGUCUCUAUAAAAAAAAAAAAUGCAAUUCUAUGUUUUUUAGCAUUAAACCAAAUGCACAGUGUCCUAACUUAAAAUAAUUUAAAACUAAUCAAAUGGGUUUCUGUACUACUACUACUGCUGAACAACGUCAGUUCCGCUUCACUGUAAUCUUUGGUUCACGUGCACUUUGCUAAGAACAAUGAGACAUAUACUAGCAUGCUAGGAAAAGCCAGUAUGCUGGGAAUAAAAGCUAGCACACUAACACGAUUUAGUUCUAGCUUUUAGGGUUCUCACAGUGUCAGUCUACCAACAUCCACCGUUUUACUGUUGUUUUGCACCAUGUUGUUGGAUGUUGUAUUCGAUGUGCUUCAAUAUUCAAAUCCAUUAAAAUGCAACCAGGCCAUGUCUCACUGAUCUCUGGAAUUAUGUAGCCUUGACAACCAAAAUUAUUAUUAUUUUUUUCUUCUUCGUCUUUCUAUUUAGUUCAUUUACAUUGCGAAUGAAGUAUGCAUUUUGUACAGUGCAGUCCAUAAGAAAUCGGGUACAGAGUACUUAAACAAACCAAAUCUGUGAAACAUGGUGGUGGUAGUCCCACGGUUUGAUAUUGUACAGUUAAAGCGUAAGAACUCAGUGAACAGCAUUUCUUUUCUUAUCAAUGACCUGAAAAACAAUGCUAUUUAUCAAGCAAGCAUCAUGCUAUUUAUAAUUUAUCAAGGCCUUACUACUUCCUAGCUCCGUCCCUGUCAGUUUCUCAGUGCAGCUAUCAUGUAAUCACUAAUUUCCUACCCUGCACAUGAUCAUGGCUCACCACGUCCACUGAGAGUGAGUCGAGUUAUUGCUAUGUCUGAUUAGAUCACACCAUACUCUUACCCGGCGCCUAUCACAAGCUUACAAUGUUGUCAGAGCGUCCGGGGGUUGGAAUAUAUACCACAACACGUGCAGUGCUUAUCAUCAUUUCUGUAUAUUUGUCACAUUUAAAUCAUUCAGAUCAUCAAACCAAUUUUUAAAUGACACAAAAAUGAUAAAAGUAAAUACCAAUGGCAUUUUUAAAUACUGUCCAAACCUGCCUGGUCUUAUGUGAAAAGGUAACUGCCCCCUAAACCUAAUAACUGGUUUGUGAUCACAAUCAUUUAAGUGUGACAUACAUGUAAAAAAGUAAAAAAUAUUUUUUCACAGCACUGUAUACUAAAUUCUCGGAUUGUGACAUAGACAAGCUGAAAGCCUGCUCCAUGUGUGCUGUAAACGAGGUACGCACUAGAAGAACAUAAUAUGAACUUAACAUGGUCAUAGCACAAGACUGAUGAGAUCGUUGUGAGAACGCCAUCGAUAGAGCCACAACGCAGUGACGUCUUAAUGACAGCUCAGUCAGAACGCCACCCAAUCUUUCCCAUCUGCGCCAUGCUUGUAGUUUGUCAAUGAAAUCAUUAAGAGACGUUAGUUACGUUGGUAAAUAGUCGAUAAAGCUUCUUUCUGCAUCUUGCUUCGACCACAUCCUCACCAAGCUUCUUCAAAUAUGUCCCAAAUAAAACAGCAUGGGAUCUCUAUGUCAAGGGAGACAAUACUACGUCCUUCCGGUCUUUCCAAGUUGCUGCAUUUACCCAAUUUGUUGCAGACGUACACGUAGUGGGAACAUGACUCAGUGUGAUGGGAGAGAUGCAGGAAAUCAAGAUGUGUACAGUACAUUACAGGUCUCAAUAGUGACCAUCAUUUCAUGUCACCUGACAGAUUUUUUUUACCUUACUUUGUCCUAUUUUUGGCUGUUUAAAAAUGUGCCCAGAGGUUAGUAUGCUCACAUGAUCAGGGUUAUAAUACUAUACUUACAAAUUUCUGAAUCAUACAGUAAAACCUGUUCAUGUGUUUAUAGAAAUCUUUUUGAACCUGUCAAUCACACAUUACCAUAUUUCCCUCAAAACCAAUACUGCAGUUUUUCAUCUUUGAGCUUGUAGAUAUUAGCUUUCUAUCUUAAAACAAACUAUUCAUGAUGCUAUCCAUCAAAGUCAGCAAUAUCCUCAAUUCAAUGAUAUUUUAUUAAAUUAUUUCAAUGAUAAUUUAUCUUUUUCCAAAAACCCAUUGCAUUAAAGUAUGCAGAAUGACUUAUGGGCUGCAGUGUAUGUUACAAGCAUACAAUAAUUCAACCAUUAAAAUAUAUGAAUUAAAAUAGAUUACUCGUAUUUAAACAGAGGGUGAUGUACAGUGUUGAAUGUUUUUAAAAAAAUCCCUCUUACUAUUAUGAAAUAUGGUGACUAUCAUAUUUAUGAAAGAAAUAUAUUAAGCUUCAAAGCAAAUAGUUUAUUGUAAUUGUACACUUUACACAGGCUCGGGCCCUCACGAUUCUGUUGAACAGGUGAGCACACGGUAUCCUCUAUAUUGAAUUAAGGCGAUGAAUCGGUGGCCCAGUUUCAUUUUUUUUUU